AUGACAUCACUUACAGCAAUUUCUGUAGCUAUUUUGCUUGCUGCUUGUCUAGUGCCAUACAUUGUAUGUCAGAGACCUUACGGAAGCCCGUGUACGGAAAGCAUUCAAUGCCAAACUAAUUACUGUCGUGCUUCACGUUGUAUCAAUUAUGGAGACGUAAGUGAUGAUGUAGAUGUUAAUCCAUGUGCUACUGUCUUAUGUAGAUACCCAUCAAUCUGUGUUCUUCAUGAAGUUCAGUGCAUUCGAGCUCCAUGUCCACCAAUAGCUAGUUGUGAGAGACGUCGAAAUCGUCCUGGAUGCUAA